CAGAGGCUCCUAUUCUUCCACGUGUCGCCCAUACAUUCCCGCACACCUCCACCGUUGAGUCGGUCAUUACCCGACCCGUUAACCCACACACUCUCUCUCCCUCUCUUCCUCAAUUACACCCUCGACGGAACACCUCACCCUAAACCCACACAACAAACGCAAUCAAAAAAUCAAUCAACCAUGGCCUCGAAGCGUCUAGCAACCACCCUCCGCCGCUCUUCCCCCUUCCGCUCCCUCUCCACCGCCGCCGCUGCCGCCAUCGAAUCAUCCCCCGAAGAAGCCGGAAUCUCAAUGAAAGGCGUCAAGAUCUCCGGCCGCCCCCUCUACCUCGACAUGCAGGCCACCUCCCCUGUCGACCCCCGCGUCCUCGACUCCAUGCUCCCCUACUACCUCUCCCGCUUCGGCAACCCCCACUCCCGCACCCACCUCUACGGAUGGGAGUCCGACGACGCUGUCGAGCGAGCCCGCUCCCAGGUCGCCGCCCUCAUCAACGCCUCCCCCAAGGAAAUCAUCUUCACCUCCGGUGCCACCGAGUCCAACAACAUCUCCGUCAAGGGCGUCAUGCACUUCUACAAAGAGAAGAAGCGCCACGUCAUCACCACCCAGACGGAGCACAAGUGCGUCCUCGACUCCUGCCGUUAUCUCCAGCAGGAGGGCUUCGACGUCACCUACCUCCCCGUUAACCCCGACGGCAUCAUCGACCUCGAUGCGCUCCGAUCCGCCAUCCGGCCCGAUACCGGGCUCGUCUCCAUCAUGACUGUGAACAACGAGAUUGGGGUAAUCCAACCGGUCGUAGAAAUAGGGCAAAUCUGUAGAGAGAGAAACAUUCCUUUCCACACGGACGCCGCGCAAGCAGUGGGGAAAAUUCCUAUAGAUGUGGAGAACAUGAAUGUGAGCUUAAUGUCUAUUAGCGGGCAUAAGAUAUACGGGCCGAAGGGGGUUGGGGCUUUGUACAUGAGGAGGAGACCUAGGAUUAGGGUUGAGCCGCAGAUGAGCGGGGGAGGGCAGGAGCGAGGGAUUCGCAGCGGGACGGUCCCGACCCCACUGGUGGUCGGGAUGGGGGCCGCGUGCAAUGUGGCGAUGAAGGAGAUGGAGUAUGAUGAGAAGAGGAUUUGUAAGUUGCAGGAGAGGCUGUUGAGUGGGAUUAGGGCUAGGUUGGAUGGAGUGGUGGUGAACGGGAGUGAGGAGAGGAGGUACGCGGGGAAUUUGAACUUGUCGUUUGCGUACGUGGAAGGGGAGAGCUUGUUGAUGGGGUUGAAGGAGGUGGCGGUGUCGAGUGGGAGCGCGUGUACCAGCGCGAGCUUGGAGCCAUCGUACGUGUUGAGGGCAUUGGGGGUGGAUGAGGAUAUGGCACAUACGUCGAUUAGGUUUGGGAUUGGGAGGUUCACGACGGAGGAGGAGGUGGAUAGGGCGGUUGAGCUCACGGUGAGGCAGGUUGAGAAGUUGAGAGAGAUGAGCCCACUUUAUGAGAUGGUGAAGGAAGGGAUUGAUAUUAAGAGUAUUCAGUGGUCGCAGCACUGAUAUGUUGGUUUGAAUGUCAUGAUGAUCGCGAAGACAAUUGCAAGAGAGGUUGUGGGGUAAAGCUGCUUAACUAUGUGGAGGAGGACUGGUUGCAGGGUAUCAUCCAGGUUCUCCCUAGGCUUACUCUUGUACAUGCCUUGGAGUACUUGUAAUGUUUUAUUCUAGAUUGGAAUCUUGGCAAGAAGAUGAAUAAGUUUUGAUUUGCGGACUUUUGGUUGUGUAAUAUACCAUACAUGCUUUCUCUUGCUAUAGAUAUUUUGUAUGUUGUACAGUCCUUCAGGCUUCAAGUAGUUGGAUGGUGCUUGUCCUUUUGAUCAUGAGUAGUCAUUUGUAUUCUUGA